GCUGUUCUAAACAAAUCAACGUGGUUCGGUUCGCAGUAGCUUCUACAUUUUUGUUAAAGGUUUUUCAAUAUAGGUAGUUAAGUUCGUGCAAACAUCGCCAAUUAAAAUAUGGCUAGUGAAAGCAGUAGUGACUCCGAUGUAGAGAAAUCUUCGCCAAAACAGGAACAACCGAAAAAACGCAAACGUCUGCAAGACUAUUUGGAUGAGAAAGCAGCUCGUGAGACGGCUGAACGCGCUGAACAGGAACUGAGAAAGCGAAGGAAACAAGGACUGGAUGACGAUGAAGAGGCUGAGGAGGUCAGCUAUCCGGUAAUCAAUCCGUUGAAUUUUAUUAAAAACAAGGAAAUCAAGCAUAAGCAAUUUAGAAGGCAACAAGGGACCAAGAAAAAGCAAGAAAAGGCCUCCAGGAAGGCAAGAAAGUUAGAAGGUGGUCCCAAGACAGCUGGACAUACGAUCGAAAGCUUGCGGGAAAAAGAUCAAACUUCAUUGGCCAAUGCUACCGAAGAUGAUACUGAAGAGAUCGCGAACGAUUUGGAGAAUGAUGAAUUCAACGAAUAUUACAAAAAAACCUACGAACCAAAAGUGCUGAUUACAUACAACGCAACACCUCAUUCGCGAACCCGAAAGUUUGGAGCAGAACUGGAGAGGAUACUUCCUAACUCGAUGGUCCAUUCGAGAAAUAAGGCAGCACUGAAAAAUGUAUGCAAGAGUGCUAUUCGUGAGGAGUUUACGGACUUGGUCGUUAUCAAUGAAAACAACAAGCAACCGGAAGGAUUGUUGGUAAUCCAUUUGCCGGACGGGCCUACAGCUCACUUCAAAGUGAGUAACUUCAAAUCGCUGAAAGACAUGAAGAAGAAACCAUCGAACAUUACCAGUCACCGUCCGGAAGUAAUAUUGACCAACUUUUCCACUCGUCUGGGACUGACGAUUGGCAGGAUGCUGGGUGCACUGUUCCAUUACGAGCCGGAAUUCAUAGGACGGCGGGUUGCAACGUUCCACAACCAGCGAGACUACAUCUUUUUCCGCCAUCAUAUGUACGAGUUCGACAAGAACGGAAAACGGGUCAAGCUGCGUGAGUUGGGACCGCGCUUCACGCUGAAGCUCCGUUCACUGCAGCAGGGAUUAUUCGACAGCAAAUGUGGUGAUUACGAGUGGAUGAUCACCAACAAGCGACACCAGAUGGAAAGCAGAAGACGUUUCUUUCUGUGAGCAGCGGCAGUUCGUUAUCCUUUUCUUUAUUUGCUGAUAAAUAUAUUGUAAGUAUGAUAAUC